AUGUUCACCUUCUCCUCACUUCUCGGCGCGCAGUCCGAGUCACCAGCAUCGCAAUCGCUUUUGGAGCUGGAUGGAGGCGUCAAGGUGCUGAUCGAUGUCGGCUGGGACGAGAGCUUCGAUGUGGCAAAGUUGAAGGAGCUUGAGAAACAAGUUCCAACCCUCUCCAUCAUCCUCCUCACACAUGCGACUAUCGCCCAUCUCGCAGCUUUCGCCCAUUGCUGCAAGCAUUUCCCUCUUUUCACCAGAAUACCCAUCUACGCGACGACUCCCGUCAUAUCUCUCGGACGAACCCUCCUCCAAGAUCUCUAUACUUCAAACCCCCUAGCCUCUACCAUAAUCCCUCCCGAGUCUCUGACCGAAGCUUCAUACGGAUAUUCGCAGUCAGCAACGGACCCGCAAGAGCAGCAUAUUCUUCUUCAACCUCCCACUGGCGAAGAAAUUGCUUCAUACUUUUCUCUCAUUCAUCCUUUGAAAUACUCCCAACCCCAUCAGCCGCUUCCCUCACCCUUCUCUCCACCCCUCAAUGGCCUCACAAUUACCGCGUAUAAUGCAGGACAUACUCUGGGAGGAACGAUAUGGCAUAUUCUUCACGGACUGGAAUCAAUAGUGUACGCGGUAGACUGGAAUCAGGCCCGAGAAAAUGUCUUGGCUGGCGCAGCAUGGCUUGGAGGAGCCGGAGCCGGAGGGGCAGAGGUCAUUGAGCAGCUACGAAAACCUACCGCCCUAAUAUCUAGUAGCCGGGGUGGGGAGAGAGUCGCUCUACCAGGAGACUCCAGUGCUCGAGUUCUGGAGCUGGCUUAUCUCUUGGAACAUGCGUGGAGGACAGAAUCAACCAGCGAGGAUAGUCCUCUCUUAUCAGCAAAGCCCUACCUCGCUAGUAGGAACAUCCAGGCCACAAUGCGCUACGCUAGAAGCAUGCUCGAAUGGAUGGACGACGGGAUAGUCCGAGAAUUUGAAGCUAUGGCUAGUGGACAGCAAAAGACUCAAAAUGGAGAUCAAGGAAAGCCAGGCGCCGGCCCGUUCGAUUUUAAACACUUGAAACUUCUUGAGCGUAGAGGACACAUCGACGGCAUCUUGGCCGAAACAGAUAAUCUAGGACGGUCUGUUGGAAAGGUUAUUCUUGCAAGUGACUCGUCUCUUGAAUGGGGAUUUUCAAAAGAAGUUUUGCGUAAGAUCGUUGACGAUCGCCGAAACCUCGUGAUUUUGACCGAGUGGAUGGGGAAGCCGGAGGUGGAAGGGACAAAGAUGGGAAUAGCGAGGACCCUGUGGUCAUGGUGGGAAGAACGCCGGGAUGGGGUAGCUGUAGAAACUGCUUCGAAUGGCGGCGACUUGGAGCAGGUGUACGCUGGUGGGAGAGAAGUUGAACUUCGGGAUGCUAAGAGGGUCGCCCUGGAAGGAAAUGAUCUUAACGUCUAUCAGCAGUGGCUGGCGACUCAACGCCAACUGCAGACUACGUUACAAGCAGGUGGCGCCACAGCCCUCGAGUCUGCAGAUGUCGUUGAUGAUGCCUCAUCGGAUUCAUCUUCUGAUUCUGAAGAGUCCGAGACUGAGCAUCAGGGAAAGGCACUCAACAUUUCGGCGACAAUGGGCCAGGCAAACCGGAAGAAGAUUGGCUUGAGUGAUGAGGAUCUUGGUGUUAAUAUCCUGCUACGUCGGAAAGGGGUAUACGACUACGACGUUCGCGGCAAGAAGGGUCGUGAGAAGAUGUUUCCCUUGACCAUUCGGAGGAAGCGGAAUGACGAGUUCGGGGAACUAAUUCGACCAGAAGAUUUUCUCAGAGCGGAAGAGCGAGACGAAGUUGAUGGCCAGGAUAUGCGUGGCCAGCCUGGUAAAUACGACACGAAAGAUACCCUGGGCAAGAAGCGAAGAUGGGACGAUGUUGCAGCUUCUGGUGGUCGAGGUAUGCCGAAUGGUGGAUAUAAAAGGCAACAAAUCGAUCAAAACGUCACAGGAGGAGGUCCAGAUCCCGUGGACUCUUCACUAGGAGUUAUGAAUGGCGAUGUGGCGGAUGAAGUCGAAGAAGUUGUCGGACCCUCGCGAGUUGUUAUUUCCACUGAAAUGCUCAGUGUUAACCUACGAAUUGCGUUUGUUGAUUUUGCGGGUCUACACGACAAGCGGAGUUUGCAAAUGUUGAUACCCCUCAUCCAACCGCGGAAACUGAUAUUCGUGAGCGGAAUGAAAGAAGAGACCUUGACUCUAGCAAGUGAUUGUCGGAAACUCCUUGCAGCCAAGAUUGGUGGCGUGGACGAAGCUACUAUUGAUGUCUACACGCCAGAAAUUGGUGUUAAAGUCAACGCCAGUGUGGAUACCAAUUCUUGGUCUAUCAGGCUUACGGAUGCUCUGGUCAAACGUUUUCGAUGGCAGAAUGUUAAGAACCUUGGGAUUGUUACUCUUACAGGUCGGCUGCAGGCUGCGGCUCAUGAUCCCCCAGAACCAGCAAAUGAAGGAAGCAACAAGAAACAAAAGAUGAUCAAGGGAGAGACCGAGGAGACUGUAACUCGAGAGGCUGUUGAUGAUUUUCAAGCCCAGAUGCCGACCUUGGAUAUCCUUCCCUCGAGUAUGGCAUCAGCUACAAGAUCUGUUGCUCAACCCCUUCAUGUCGGCGAUCUACGUCUGGCAGACCUAAGGAAGAUCAUGCAGUCUUCCGGACAUUCCGCUGAAUUCAGGGGUGAAGGAACUUUACUUAUUGAUGGCUCAGUUGUGGUACGGAAGACGGGUACUGGGCGUAUCGAGAUUCAAGGGAGCGGAUUAUCUGCUAUGGCACAGCAGGAGGGCACAUUCUAUGCAGUCAAGACCAAGAUUUAUGAGGGUUUGGCUGUGGUGGCUGGUGGGUAA